AUGUCCCAUUUUAACAUUUCAGACCAAAAACAUGAAUUCCACCUGAUGAAUCUAGUUGCGGAUGUCUCCGCAGUCCUUGGAGAAGGCUUCAAGGAGGGCAGACAUUUGCCUGCCCCUCUUCUAUAUCGGGAUCUCCGAAAAGCUCUAGCAACAACGGUCCUUGAAAUUAAAUCUGUUGAGGUCGUCGAAGCCUUGGGGCAGUCAAAAACCUUGCAACAUUCUCUAAAACAAGUAGCGAAGGCGUUGAAUAAUGUCUUGCGUUGGGACUAUUUAAAGGCAAAGUACCAGCAAUUUGUAGCAGAAGAGGCAAACAAAAUCUCCCGUCGGAUGACCUUCUUGCCAUCAUGGCUUACUACUUCUUCUGAAAGUGUUAAACAAGAUGUCGACAAAUGGGCCAACGUUCCUUAUCCGAGAUUGGAAAUGCUACGUGAGCUCUCUAUAAGCCACUUUCGGGGAGCUCUCAACAUGGCAGAUUUUCUAUGCGAUGAACGACGAGCCAUAAUAAACCUGACGGACCAGGUGAAGGAAUGGAAUGACCAAAUUGAUCAGAUUUUCUCCGGUGAAUCACUAGACGACGACAAUGAUCUGACUCAUAAAAAAUUUCCAAAGCCCAUUAUCAAAGAAGCAGCGUUUUGCGGGAAGACCAGCAUUCGACACCUUUCUCAAACCCUGUACGAAACACUUCAUCAAAAUCUGCCGUGUCGAUUCGAAGAUCAUGACCAUAAUGGCAGACUUGGUGUUUGCGAAGGAGCAAAGUUCUGUCUUGAUCCCCAGUGGAGUUAUAAGGACGCAGACUCAUCGCGCGACAGCUUUUUUGUACUUCUGACCGGCCCUGACAUGAUCCAAGAAUGUCGAGUGUAUUUGCAUGCAAGCGGGGUUGGAAAUAAUACAAAUACACUUGUAUGCCUCGUCGACCAUGAGAUUUCUCGGGCCUAUUGCCUCCAGCUUAGCAGAGACAAGCAUAAUCAGUUAUGGGAUCAACAACUGGCGCAGCAGCUCGAAACCCUACAGCCGGACGAACAGUAUAUCGAGAAAAGCCUUGGCAAGCUACUCCAAAUCGUGAAGCCUACGUACGCUGCAAAGCGUGUUCUUGGUGUAAUUUUGGCUCGCUCGAUGUUACACCUUCUCGAUGGGCCCUGGAUACGUCGGUCAUUAAACAUUGAUGAUAUCUCGCUCUACUGCAAACUACAAAAUGACCAGCCAUACCCAUUCUUUGACAAGGUCUUCCUGUCGACAUCAUUCAAGACUGCGGAUAAUAAUCAGCAAGUGGAAGCUCGUAACUCUUACAGUGUUCACCCUUUCCCGACAAUUCUUGCCCUCGGUAUUGUUCUAGCAGAGAUUGAGCUGGGCGAGGAGCUCGACGCCAUUUAUAACCAGCCAGCCUUUACAAAGUUGAAAAAAAGGCCAUUCGAUCUAGCCAAGAGCCUUUUACGAGAAUGUGAGCUUCGAUUUCAUUUAGAGUCCGGCCUGCUUCGAGCUGUCAAGUACUGUAUAGAUCGUACCUCCUUUCUUCGCUUCACCAACACUAGCAACGAAACGCUCUUUGCAGAUCAAGAAUUUGUCAACGCGUACUACAUGAGCGCUGUCAGACCAUUGGAAGAGGACCUCGUGAACGGUGCCAAGUGGACCUGGAACGAGGUAGGUUUGCUUCAGCGCCGUAAUCUCGAUGACGAAGGAGUGUGCAAAACGAUCAUCAAGUUAGGACAGGGUAUCGAGACAAGUCAAAAUAAUAUUUUGCAAGAACAGGUCGGGCAAACAUUUGGACAAACCCUGGGAGGUCCCAUGUCAUUCACACUAGUCUCAGAAGAAGUUAAUGGUUUUGUACCUGACUAUCGACAGGAUAAGCCUCGUAGGUCAAAACCCCCCGCAUUUUCUAGAAAAAUUGAGACAAAAAUUUCUAAUGUGAAUGAAUUACAUUUGAAAGUGUCUUUGAACCAAAAUACCAGCCAGAUACAGAGGCCAAAGAGUCGAGAUGACUUUGAGAUCGCGAUUAUAUGCGCACUUCCUCUGGAAGCCAAUGCGGUCCUGUGUACAUUUGAUCAACAUUGGGAUGAAGCAUCGUACACGUACGGCAAGGAAUCGAAUGACCGAAACUCUUAUUCUGUAGGAGUGUUGGGAGGGCGAAAUGUUGUUCUGGCUCAUCAACCGGGAAUUGGAAAAGUUGCCGCGGCCAGCGUUGCUGCUUCCUGCGCCACAAGCUUCAAGAAUGUGAAACUUGCUCUCGUCGUUGGUGUCUGUGGUAGUAUUCCUCUGAAAAGCAACAGGGAAGAGAUCCUGCUCGGGGAUGUUGUUAUUAGCAAAGGUGUAGUACAGUACGACCUUGGCAGGCAAUUCUCUGAUCGCUUUAGACGAAAGAUCAGUGUGGAAGAGUCGCUGGGCAGGCCGAAUGCAUCAAUCUGCUCUCUGUUAGCAAAGCUGGAGACUGCAACAUACCGAAAGAACCUGCAGGACAAGAUCACCGACUAUCUAAAUGAACUCGACAAUGAUGGGCUGUUUUAUCCAGAACAAGAUAUGUUGUUCAAACCUUCCUAUCGCCACAAACACCAAGCAUCUCAAUGCUGCACAGUGUGUGAAAACUGUAUAAACGGUACGGACCCUAUCUGUGAAGUAGCCCUCGAGUCGAUUUGUCAAGACACAGGCUGCGAUGAAGCACAAUUGAUUCAACGGCGUCGGCAGAAUUCAAAGAAUAAGCCGAUGGUUCAUAUUGGCUUGAUUGGAUCUGGUGAUAUGGUUGUCAAGUCCGGCACGUACCGGGACAUGGUUGCAAAGGAAACUAAUGUUAUUGCUUUUGAUAUGGAAGGUGCCGGAGUCUGGGACACCUUUCCUUGUGUGAUCAUCAAAGGGGUAUGCGAUUACGCCGAUAGCCAUAAAAACAAGCUUUGGCAAGAAUAUGCAGCAGCCACUGCUGCCGCCUGUGCGAAAGGUUUCAUCCGGCAUUGGUGA